AGGUGGAGUGGAGGGGAUCGGUACCUGCUGCGGUCCACGGCGAAAUCGUCAUUUCUCGUGCCGCCGUCGUCGCAUCUAUCAUCUAUCUGGCAUGAACACCUUCUGCCAGUGACAGUUCACUCGAAGGUUGUCUGUCCUAUCUCUCCGGCAAGACGUGUCGCGGUCAGUCGGUCGUCGUCGGUCGGUCGGUCGGGGACAACACACCACCUCUCGUCGCUUUUUCUCGAACGAACGAACGAGCUCCACCCCCCCCCCCCAGCCUAUCUAUACUACCUACUCCAUCGUCUCCCACCCCCCCACCCCGCUCACCCCCGGACCAACCAAUGCCAUCGCGAUAUCCUGCCUGCAGCUAGAUGCCCUCCUCCUUCUUCGCCUUCCAACAGGGCUCCGACACGCGCUCCCUGCCUCCUCCCGACGCCGAAUCGCUGCGGUAUGGCCGCUUCCGCGCCUUCUCGCCGCGUCACAUGGGUAGUGUCGGGAACCUAUUUACGUUAUUUACCGGCAGCGAGCAGCAGUAUCAGACGAGCUACGGCAGUAUAGACUUUGCUACGGGGCACGAAGUGGCGAGUGGGGACGACGACGAGGUGGACGAGACUCCGGAUGAUAGGUGGUGGCUCGACCGGAAGCUCGUCUCUCCGAGGCGCUCCGAGGUCAACAAGAUGGUGGGGACGUGGUGGAGAAGGUGGGCGGUGCUCGUCAUGCUUCCGGCGCUGCUUAGCAUCGUCUGGUGCAUGAUUCCGUUCCCUACCUUUCCUCUCCCCGCUACCGAUAAGCCCGCGUACGUACCUGCAGUCCGUCGGCGCGCAGCGACGAUCUCGACCGAAUCCUCCGCAUGGUCCGACCUCGGCGAUGCCCUCGGAAACGUCUUUAACUUUGAGCUGCUUUGGGACGUGGUCAAGACUUGGUUCAAGAGUCUGAGCGAUUCCGUUCCGUCCUGGCCUGGCGACGAGGACGCGCCGAUCCCGCCGAAUGCCGGGCCCGGCCAUGGCUCCUCCAAGGUCGCUAUGGACUUUUGGUUCUUUCUAUUCGUUUACUACGGCUUCUAUAAUCUGGUCGGGUUGUUAUGGAUAACCAAAGUGUUCAAUAUGUACGGCCUGAAUUGGUGGCCCGUACGGUUGGGCUUUCCGACGACCUUUACCCUGUUUAACUGUCUCCCUUUGGCUUGCGGUGCCGUCCUCUACCACUAUCUUCCGGGGCCGGUGAUAACGCAGAAUCUCACGUGGAUAUUUCUAACCUUUGCGACCAUGUGUACGCCGCUGUUCAUCGCAGUUAUGGUGCUGCUGUUCCAACAUAGGAACCAUCAUAUCGGCGUACGGCAGGGACUGUCGGAGACGCAGCUUCUGUUCUCCGUGUCGUCACCGGCCCGGGGGCGGUACCUGAACGCCAAGCGGAACCGGUUCCGCUGGAAGCCACGGACGGGUUGGGAGUUUUUCCAUCUCCCCCGGUCCUAUAGGCGGUUCCUCUGGUUUUGUGGCGCUCUACUCCUGACAUUGAUCGGUUUUGUGCUUGGGGAGGCCUAUGCCGAGCUCUACCUACGCACCCUUCCGCACAGCUCGCUCGACACUGUCCUCUACGUCUGGUCGUGGGUCGCCACCAUCCACACACUGGACAUAACCAGCGGCUGGAUCAUCGGCGCCAAAGUGGGCAGCUACCCGCUCGGCUUUGUCUUCAAGACAUUCUGGGCAUUGACGUACCAAACGUACGUGCGCGCCAUCUAUGCGCGCCUCCGCAGCCCCAGCCAAUUCGCGUACCUGCAGCUCCUCUCCAGCUCGAUCGUUGUCCUCUGGACCCCCAUCACCAUGACGCGCACGUUCCACCGCGCACUGGUCUGGCUAAACCUCAACGAUCAGGACUACGCGUCGUGGAAGAAAUACGUCGGCAGGGCGUUCUACAUCCGCGGCAUCGCCGAGAGCGUGUCGAUGGUUGCGUGGCUGGGCUGGGUCGUCGUCCUCCACUACGGCUGGAACACAAAGAUCUACCCCUACUUCAGCUUCCGCGACAAGAACGAUCCGUACACGUUUAGCCUCACCUUCUGGGCCUCCCUCGCUACUUGGGCCUGCGAGAUUGCGGCUGGAUAUGCCGUAAGACGUAUCAUGCAACGUAGGUUUAGGUUCGAUGUUACCGGUGAGGCCGUGAAGGACUUUAGGGCUUUCCCCGAGUUGUUGCCCGCUUGCGUCGCGGUGAGCCUGCAUGUGCUGCAGAAUAUGCUAUUUUCGAUUGUGAGGUUAAGGUUUUACUAGAGUAGACAGCGACUGCCGAAGACGAGGGCGAGGGGAGGACGAGGAUGAGCGGGUGCACAUGGAUAAUGAGUUAUGAUAGAAGAAGUACUGAUGAUUGAUGAUGAUGGGAUGCUUGAUUACUUGCUGGGAGCGGAGGGGGAAGGGAUUAAUGGCCAAGUAUGAAGUUACUGUACUAAGAUAAUAACACCCACAUGCGCACCCGGAGGCUGUACACCGACUUCAUAAAUGUAGUACCACAAGCUGUAUGUAUGACUAUAUUUUGGCGAUAUACGAC